UCAACGUAGGACACACUGGACGAGAGAAGCUCGCCCUGAUAUUCUAAACGCAACGCAUGAACAGCCUCAGUGACACGGCAAUUUGCUCGUUCCAGAUUCUAGAUCCGAGAACAAACGAUCGCCAGCCAAGUCAAGAACAGCCUUCAGAGACCAACAGACUCCACCUGGUUACAGCAAGCUCCUACUACGACUGCUACUACUGCUGCGUAUGCGUGCAACGCAGUAGGAAGAUGGAGUCCGUCGGGGUAAAAGUCUGGUGGUUCGAUCGAUCGAUUGAUGGACCGAUGGACCGAAGAAAGCGCAGGAGCCGCCCAAGCUCGCAUCGUCGUCCGAGCGAUGGAAUAAAGCUCGAGGCACAUUGCGAAGAUCUUCUUGCUCUCGUGCGGAUCCUCGUCGGGCUGCGAAUUGAUCGCGCAAUUAUGGCCGACUCCUCGGGAUUUCAGGAGCGUCUGCAAGAGUUGACCGACACUCUGCAACAUCGGAAGCAUCUCCUGGAGGCCGAGAAGCAGAUGCAAAGCAUAAGACAACUCGCCCUUCAGGAAGCGAAUGCCAAACUCGACCAGAUCCAACGCUUGACUCAUGACAUGAAGAAUAAGGCUGAGGACAUGUCCUCGACGAUCGGCAGACUCGAGACGCAGAGAGGCGCCGUGCACGCUCGGCUCGACGAUAUUUUGCACGAGACUCGACUGUUGGCCGAGCAGAUCAUCGACUUGGAGCAACAGAAAGACAGUGCUUCCCAGUUCUACGAGAAGAAUAAAGAAGAAAUGCAAACCCACCAGAGACGCAGCCAAGAACACAGAUCUGAGCUUGAGCUGGAGAUAAACAAACUCGAGAAACAAAUGGAGGAGCUCCAGAGAAGUAGUUCCGAAAGAAAGAGGCAAAUUUCGGAAAUCGAUGCGGCGAUUGAGGCCGAGGAGGAGAAACGACAAAAGAUGAUGUCCACGAAAGAGGAAGUGAUUCACGAAAUUGCCUCGAACUCGAAGAAGGUGGAGAAAGCAGAAGCAGCAUUAGAACACGCCAAGGGCGACAUCAAGAGGAUAGAAAUUCAACUCACAGCCGAUGUACGUGCACGGACGGAGCAAGUAACUUUCUUACGAAGGGAGAACGAGUAUUGGGAAGACCAAGUGUUCCAACGCAUGCGGAAACGCACGCAACUGCAAAGGGAUUUAGAGAUUCUCGAAAACAGAGUGGCAGAAAAGUCGAAGGUUUUAUACGGCUAAGCGUAUUUCAUCACCCGAUCAAGCUCGGAAAUAGCCUUCUCUCGUUUGAUAGCACAAUCUGAGGAAGAGUACAUCGUGGCUUUCCCAGUGAAAACUUCAUCUCGCUAUCUAUCAGUUCCUUUUCCUCAAAUCCUCUCGAGAGGUUUGUGUGGAACUUCCAUUUCGGUAAAGGAACUGCCUUGGCGCGCCGUCAGGUUAAAAACUUUUACGUCCAUACGUCGAGGAUCGUGCAGAUGAUCAAAAUCUGGGGCCCGGAUGUGAGGCGUAUUCUCUGUGCGGUAAAAGCUGUUCAAAGGAGAUUAUAUCCAUGGACGUCACCCCACCGUCGCCGCUAGACGUUUGGUCAGCCACUGCUCCGCAGCCACACAAGAAACCGGUCGAUCAGAUUUACAUGUAGAGCAAGAAUAGAUCCCAUACAAAGCGAAUGAGGUAACAGGAGUGUAAAUGGCACAUGUGAUUAUAUCUUGCCACUUGUUAACUCAUAUAUAUUCACUACUGGUGCUAGUUUCAUAUAUCUC